CUCUCUGACCUCAUCGACCCUUCGUCUGCCCGGGGGUUAUAGCGAGAUCCGGCGACGACACGGACGGCCACCAGCGUCGGAGAAGAGAACCGAGCUAGAAGUUGAGGCUGCGGCGGCGGAGUCUUUCCUUGGGGUUCUGAAAGUGAAAUCACUUGGUCCUUGGAUGUUUCUGCUUUUGUUUCUUGUCGUUCCGAACUUGGCUCAAUCCCAGAUACUCUUCCAGGGCUUCAACUGGGAGUCGUGGAGGCAUCAAGGCGGCUGGUAUAACUUCUUGAAAGACAAAGUCUCUGAUAUAGCCAACGUUGGAGUCACCCACGUCUGGCUGCCUCCGCCCUCGCACUCUGUCGGCGUUCAAGGUUACAUGCCGGGCCGGCUCUACGACUUGGGUGCUUCCAAGUAUGGGAAUCAGGAUGAGUUGAAGGCGCUGAUCGGCGUUUUCCACCACAAGGGAGUCAAAUGCGUGGCCGACAUCAUCAUCAACCAUCAUUGCGCAGACAAGCAAGACGGGAGAGGCAUAUGGUGCAUCUUUGAAGGCGAAACCGAUACCCGCCUCGAUUGGGGUCCACACAUGAUCUGUAGGGACGACACACAGUACUCCGACGGCACCGGCAACCUCAACACCAGCGAGGGCUUCGCGACGGCUCCCGACAUCGACCCUACAGAUCGUGUGUGGACCCCAAUCGAGGCGGGUAUCAUCGGUUCCGCCUUCGAAGAUGCACCAUAUGCCUCUCCCGUCUUGCUUGUCUGCGCAACGAUGGUUGAUGACGAUGUCGGCCACGCAUUUGACUCCCUUGUCGUGGAAAGCGCCGAUCAGCGCCUUCAACUCAUCCUGAUUCCCAUACUUGGAAAGCGCUGAUCGGCGCUUUCCACGACAAGGGAGUCAAAUGCGUGGCCGACAUCGUCAUCAACCAUCAUUGCGUAGACAAGCAAGACGGGAGAGGCAUAUGGUGCAUCUUCGAAGGCGGAACCGAUGAUGCCCGCCUCGAUUGGGGUCCACACAUGAUCUGUAGGGACGACACACAAUACUCCGACGGCAUCGGCAACCUCAACACCGACGAGGGCUUCGCGGCGGCUCCCGACAUAGACCACCUCAACACGCAGGUCUAGCGUGAGCUCACGGACUGGCUGAACUGGCUCAAGAAUGACAUCGACUUCGACGGGUGGAGGCUCGACUUUGCCAAGGGUUACUCCUCAAGCAUCGCCAAGAUCUACGUCGAACAGACGUAGCCAAACUUCGUGGAGGCUGAGAUCUGGAGUUCAUUAGCUUACGGAAACGAUGGGAAGCCAGCAUACGAUCAGAACUGGCCUCUGAUGCUGACCUCUACAUGGCAAUGAUCGAUGGGAAGAUAUUGACAAAGCUAGGCUCGAGAUACGACGUGGGGAAUCUCGUUCCUUCCAACUUCCACAUCGUUGCCUCUGGCAAUGACUACUGCGUGUGGGAGAAGAGAUGAAGACGAUGAUGAUGAAUCAUGGAAGAGACUUUUCGCUUCUCUUUCGUUAACGUUUCUCAUCUAUGUUGUAAGAAAAAAAUAUCGUUUCUCAUCUUUGUAAAUCUAUUUUAGUGUGAAAUCAUGGGUGCUGUUGUUAGCUUUAGAAAAAAAGAUGGUUUCAUUAUGAUAUUAAAUGGAAUCAUGUUUACCUGUAAUUUAUCUA